GACGCGGGCGAAGCCGCGGGCGAAAAGCUGGUUACCUAUAAAAGUAACUAUACCUACUAUAAAACGAACUGGAAGCUUACAAAAAAAUUACCUUGUACUGACAACAGUGACAACACGUAUAUUAUAUUGUCUAUUGACGACAAACUUAAUUGGAAACUAAAUAUUGUACAUAUGUACCUAAAGCUAGAACAAUUCUCAUACGCGCUUUACAGAUUAGGUCGAAUUGUAAAUCAGGCUACUUUAUUAAGAGCCUACCAGCUACAUUAGCUCUAUUCUCAGAUUCUAGGGCAUCAGCGCUUUCAUUGCUCAAACCUGUCGCAUUCGAGCCCUGUUUAAUCGAUGAGAACCUGACUUCUGAAUGUAUUUUUUUUAAGAUAAACGUACGCACAAUGCGGUGUGUUUACUGUUUGAUCUGUACCUAACGUAACCUCCUAGCCUAAUGCGUUUUGUCAUUGCUAUUGUUUGUAAAUACGAAUCAUUUACCUGUUUCUAUUGGGUGCCCAAAAGGAAAAAGCUGAUCUAUCUAAUAAAUUAAGACCUGAAGAUAUUGAAUUGAAUUGUUAUGCUCACAUUCGAUAAUACAUUGGUGCGUGCCGGCUUCGAAGGACCAAGCACGUAGUAAAUGGUAGAACUAGUAAAUAAACAAAUUGUUUAAAUGCAUAUCCGGAAUAAUAUCCGUUUCCUCGCUUGCUCUAAUUUAGGCCAAAGCCAAGAAAAAUAUAAAGUAAUUAAACAAAAAUUUUGUAAAAUAAUGUAGAUUUUGGAUGGUUUGGCCUGACUCAACAUAAAUUAUAUUGCAGCAUGUCAGCUCUUUUUACGUCAGCCUUCCGCCAUACCUUAGUUUUCGGACAGAAUAGUAAACUUAAAAAAUAAUUGUUCUUAUGAGAGAAAAGUAAAGUGAAUAACUAAAUCGAACACCUGGCGGCGUGAAUGCUUGACGGCUAUUAAAACUAGUUAACGUAUCGUUUUACAAUACUUAGGAUAUGAUAAAUAUACGACUUAUUAAAAAAAAUAGCGAUAGAGUAGCAUUAAGAAUAAUAAAUUUAUAAUAGUGUGUGGCGAAAUGAGAAGUUCACGACAGUCGUGAAAGUAGGUAGGAACGCGGUGUGUGAGGGCUGGAGGAGGCGCGCGGCUCGUCCGGGGAGGGGGCAGUCAGCUGGCCGCGACCCGCUACUCACUACACAAACAUUCAAACUCUACGUACGACCGGCGUGUUAGUAUCGCGCCAGCUGCCGAAGCGGGAGGUUAUGUCUGUUGUGACUCAAACAUAUUUACACGUGUUUCAUCACGUUCGAAAUUUUUGUUGACAAAAUACUAUGUUAUCAAUUUUACAAAUAACUAAACUUUGAACAGUGCUUUUUGAGUAAACUACGCUCGGGUUGACUAAGUGAAAAGUACAAGAAUCGUGUAGGGUGCGAUGCGGGCCCAUCGGCCGUCACGUUGGAGUGAUCGGUGAACCUGCUGUGAGAUGUCUCGUAUUAUCAGUUUGUUGACAACAUGGAGCUUCAUGUGGGUUGCGGCGGACGGUGUAAAGCCGCCGCUUCUCUCGGUGCCACACUGUUGCCCCGAAGGCCAGGCGCUUACCACCGAGGCGCUGCGGGCUGUUGUGCUGGGGCCCGCGGCCGUGGCCACAGCCUGUGGCCCUGUCGAAGGUCACUCGGUGCCGUGGCAGCCGAGGAUAUAUGCGCCUGCCCGCGGCAGUUUCCUGGGGCCGGGCCGGCUACCAGCCCAUUGGCGCGUUGUUAACGGCACGUUGCCGGCUUGCGAACCUCUACGAGUGCUGCCCGAGCAUGCCGCGCCCUAUGCGCUACUCGCUAAUAACGGAUCUAUGCUACUGCGUGGGGCGUCUCUCCCGCUCCCUCUAGAACGGUACUGUGUGGAUGCAACUGCAGCGCUUGUAUGUGCCGAGGAUGCGGCGUUGCCGCCUCCCAAGUGUUGUGCCGAGGGCCGCGCCUUUGACGGGGCUCGUUGCGUAGUGGACGCGGACCACGCAGCCGAGUCGCUGGCGGAGCUACAGGCGCUCGCCAACGGCAGUGCCGUGGGUGCGGGCUGGCCGGCGUGUGCGGAGGGUUCGCGGUACGCGGUGGCGGGCGCGCUGCGAGGCGCUCGCCUGGCGCCGGGCGGCGCGCUGGAGCUGCGAGCGGCGGGAGAGGGCGGCGCGCGGCUGGAGGCGGGCGCGUGGUGCGCGGAGGCCGUGCUGGGCGAGGCGGGCGCGCGCGUGCUUGCGUGCGAGGCGGCGGCGCGCUCGCUGCGCCCGCCCGCGCAGAGCACGCGCCACGCGCUGUACGGCGCGGGGCUGGCGGUGGGCGCGGCCUUCCUGGCGGCCACGCUGGCGGCGGGCUUCGCGUUGCCGGCGGCUCAUCACGCGCUGCACUGGCGCUGCCAGACUCACUACGUGGCGGCGCUCAUGCUGGGCGACGUGCUGCUGGCCGCCACGCAGCUGGCCGGGGACCGCGUGCCGCCCACGCUGUGUCGCGCGCUCGCCGUGUGUAUGCACUUCCUGUUCCUGUCGGCGUUCUUUUGGCUCAACACGAUGUGUUUUAACAUCUGGUGGACUUUCCGGGACUUCAGGCCGACGUCCCUGGAGCGCGGGCAGGAGCUGUGGCGGCUGCGCGUGUACAUGGUGUACGCGUGGGGGGGCCCGCUGCUGCUGGCCGGCGCCGCCGCCGUGCUGGACACGCUGCCUCCCGCCGCCGCCGCGCCCUUCCUGCGCCCGCGCUUCGCUGUGCAGCGCUGCUGGUUCUACGGGGACAUGGAAAUCUUAGUGUACUUCUUUGGCCCGGUGGGCGUGCUGCUGCUCGUCAACCUGGCGCUCUUCAUAUCUACCACGCGGCAGCUCACCUGCGGCCUCUGGCGCCGUGACGAGGUCAAGUCUACUUCGGAACGGGCGGCUCUAGGUCGCGUGUGCGCCAAACUGGUUGUGGUGAUGGGCGUGACUUGGGGUGCUGACGUACUAUCUUGGGCGGCGGGCGGCCCCGACUACGUGUGGUACGCCACGGACCUACUGAACGCGCUGCAGGGCGUGUUCAUCUUUCUGGUGGUGGGCUGCCAGCCGCACGCGUGGGCGGCGCUGAAGCGCGCAGCGGCGGCCUGCUGUGCGCGCGGACGGGAUGCGACGGGCGCGCGCAACACGCACUCCUCCACGCACCUGCCGUCGUGCGGCGAGUCGCUGACGCACACCACGCCCGCGCCGCCCGCGCCGCCCGCUCAGCCCGCGCCGGCCGCGCAGACCGCGCCCCGCAUCCCCAUGGAGACUGUGUGCUAGGACCCUUGUGCUGACUAUAGUGAUGUGAACACUGCCCACUCAGGCUCGAGCUUUAAUGUACUUUAACGUACUUAGUCAUAGUGAAUAUUUAUUGUUCAGUAUUAUUUUGUAUUCCUGUAACGAUUACGAUCGGUGUUGUCGUAUGAUUGGCUGUUGCCGGACCGAACACUGUGUGCCUGACGAGUAUACGCGUUUAUAAUAUAGAGGUACAUGUAACGACAUAGGUUGCGUAUGAUCAGUGUAUAGUCUCAAGCUAUGUGGGCUCCCACUCCGGGAGCCCUGGUAUAAUGUCUUGCCCUGUUAGAUUGGCUGUUGAACAAAAAUAAAUUGUAAACCUUA